AUGGCAGACAGGCUGUUAAGUUUAUACGCUCGCCGCCUUUUGGCAGUAGCAGCUAUACGAGAGCUCCCGGCUGCCCGCGUUUGCUGGGAAUCCUCCAGGGCUGUAAUCUCCCCGUCUGCUGUGGAGAGAAAGCAGUCACGAGAACCGACCACACUCUGGCAGGAGGACCCAGAACCCGAGGACGAAAACCUCUACGCGAAGAACCCAGACUUUCACGGCUAUGACCAGGACCCUGUGGUGGACGUCUUGAACAUGCGAGCUGUCUUCUUCUUUGGUUUUCCCAUCGUCUUGGUCUUUGGUACCACUUUUGUGGCAUAUCUGCCUGACUACAGGAUGCAAGAGUGGGCCCGCCGGGAAGCUGAGAGACUUGUAAAAUACCGAGAAACCAACGGCCUCCCCAUCAUGGAAUCCAACUGUUUUGAUCCCAGCAAGAUCCAGUUACCAGAAGAAGAUUGAUGAAUUACUGAGUAGGC